UUAGGUAGUGAUUAUAUUGAUGAUAAAUGAAAUUGAAAGCAACUGUUAAGUUUUUACAAACACCAAACGUUUAUAAUGAAUUUACUACCGAAAAGUCACAAAGAAUUCAGCGAAAAAGAUUACUGGAACAAAUUCUUCAGAAAACGGGGAAAUAAAGCAUUCGAAUGGUACGGCGAAUAUUUAGAACUAUGCGGUCAGUUAAACAAAUAUAUAAAAACUAAAGAUUCAAUACUGAUCACUGGUUGUGGUAAUUCAAGUUUGAGCGCGGACCUAUACGAUGUUGGAUAUGUAAAUAUAACAAAUGUGGAUGUUUCGGAAGUUGUUAUUAAGCAAAUGAAAAACGUAAACAAAGCCAGAACCAAUAUGAAGUUUAUGUGCAUGGAUGUUACGAGAAUGUCUUUUGAAGAUGAAGCGUUUAAUGUUGUGUUAGAUAAAGGUACUCUUGACGCCCUAAUGCCGGAUGCUACAGAAGAAACAAAUGCCAUUAUAGAUAAAUAUUUUUCUGAAAUCAAAAGGGUUUUAAAACUCGGAGGACGCUUUGUAUGCAUAUCACUCUUACAGAGUCACAUACUUGCCAAGUUAAUGGAAGGGUUUUGUCAGAAGUCAUGGAUGUUCCGUGUUGUAAGAUGUCACGAGGCCGAAGAGAAGAAUGCGGAGAAUUCUGAUGGCCCAACUUUACCGGUAUUCGUGGUGAUUGCAACUAAGUUCAAAGAAAUGCCUCAAUUACUAAUAGAAGUAUGUAUGGCUGGUGAAAAAAUGGUGCGUGUUCAGACUCCAAAACAUCUGCAGGAGCACAUAAAGUCAGCUCAGGACACAGCAUUCAUCACCAAUGGACUUGGCAAAACGAAACUAGAUGAUGAUGAUGAGGUCAGCUUGGAUCUAUACCAGCCUGAUGAAAAUACACCACGCUACACAUUGUAUGUGGUGGAUCAGAGAACUUCUCAAACAUUAAAUAAAUAUGCAGUCUUCAUAGUACCGCAGGGCAGAGAGUCCGAGUGGCUGUUCGGCACGGCAGCAGGGCGCCGCCAGCUCCAGGACUCGGCCCGGUUCGGUCGGCUCGUGGUGGCCGUGCUCAGACGAGGCCACCACUACUCCAGUCUCGACGCCGUUAAAGAGGAACUAGCGCAUUCAGCCAAGAUGCUCAUACCGAAUGGAUUCAGCGGACAGAUACCAUUCUUGUCGAUAGGCAGCGACGUGGGGCGUCGGGUGAAGGUUCACGAGGGCUCAUCGAAGCUGUCCGGGGACUACGUCGUGGAGGACGUCGACGUGGAAGGACACACCCACAGGCGACUAGUGUUCCUCGACAAUCAGUUUCUGGUUCAGUCGGAGGCUAGACUCAGACCUGUUAAAAGAAAAAAUAAAACGAAAUUCGUCAUAGACUACGGGCACAUAUCUCUGUACCAUUCCUUCAUGUGCGUGGGAGUGCAGCUGUGCAAGUCCAGCCACGUCGCGGUCCUUGGGCUCGGCGGGGGCAGUCUCUGUAUGUUCCUGAGGAGAUGCAGGGACGACCUCAACGUGACCGCCGUGGAGCUGGACCCCGCGAUGCUUGAGGUCGCCACACAACACUUCGACUUGAAACUGGAUGAUAAACUGCGGGUUUUAGUCAAGGACGGAUUGGAUUUCUUGGCGGAGGAAGCUGUUUCUGGACACAAAUAUGGUGCAGUACUGUUCGACAUGGACAGCAAGGAUCGCACGCUCGGCCUCUCGUGUCCUCCCAAACAGUUCCUAGAGGAUAAAGUACUCGAAGAAGUUCACAGUAUUCUUGAUGACGAUGGACAUUUCAUCCUAAAUCUGGUGUGCCGCGAUGUUGAACUCCAAGCCUCCAUGCUCCUAACCCUCAAGAGACACUUCAAGCAUCUAGUGUCGGUGAAACUGUACGAGGAAGUGAACGAAAUAAUUUUCGCUACAAACAGCAGGAAGCCGUACGACAAUGACACUUUGGAAACAGCUGUGAGGUCGUUGAACUCGGCGGCGAGAAGUCAAAAUUUAGUGAACGUCAAAUGUGUUGAUAUAAAAGAUUUUUUGCAAUCCAUUAAUAUUAUUUCGUAGUGUAUAAUUAUGUUUGAAUGUAUAUCGAAUUAUUUAUAAGAAUACAAGUAUGAAACCAAUAAAA